AAAUCGAAACUGAUAUUCAAAAAAAGAAUACAAACCACUCUUUAAGAGCUUGUGUGUGUAGCAAACCAGUAAAUUCUAAAUUGGUCGAUUUUCCAUGUGGUAAAAUGUGUAAAUGCGUAGAUUUGAAUAAUGUUUUAGACAGAAAUUGUAAUUACAGCGUAUCUAAAGAAAUUCAAUACUCACGAAAAAAUCGAAAAGUGUCAGUUACACCUUCUUGUUUUUCUAUUUGUAAAAUUGGUGCUGGAGAUUCAGCCAUAAAUCGACAUAGUUUAGAUUCAAAAAUUCAAGCAAAGUGUAUGGAGAAAAAUACUGGUAACGGUGGUGGUGAUACAGUACUAUUAAAAUGUACACAAAGAAAACCAACGUAUUCUCUUCUUUCCGUUUACUUCAGUAAUAAUCAUCUCGUAGCUAUAAUAAAAUCCGUUACAAAAAUUUUGCUCUUGAGCUUCGCGAUUAUAGCAUGGUCUCCUUGCAUUAUAUCAGUUUAUAUAUAUUGGUUAAUUACUUAUCCAUUACGACCACAACAUAUUUUUACACAAUCCAAAUAUGAUGAAUGUGCUAAAUGUAAAUCAUGUUUUCAAUGCGGAAACGCAUUUUGGUAUUCGAUUUUUCAUUCAAUUGUUCGAGCUUUGGAAAAACUUGGUCAUGCUUAUAAUAUACUAGUCUCUUCAAUAAAAAAUAAAAAACAUGAAAACAAAAACAGAAUAGGGCCGUUCUUACCACAAUCUACUGUAAUAAAUAAAUGUCUACGUCACAAGCACAGAAAAUUGCACUUUAAUGCAAAUCCUAGGGAAAGGUAUACCUUGAGCUAUAUGCAACGUAGGGGGUGGAUUAUAAAACCUUCGAGAAAACACCGCAAGCGAAAACACUACUUACACAAAUAUUAUCCGAUAGAUAAUAUUGACAAAUCAUGCGUAGCAGCGAAAAAUAAACAAUAUCCUGAAGUUUUUGGAAUAAACACCCCCGGAACUUUACCUAGCUUAAAAUAUCUAUCAUGUAUACGAUUAUCUAAAAAAGGUCACAAAGAAAAUAAAUCUAAAAAAAAUUUCAAAAAUUAUUCAUCAAAAGUAGUUUCUACUAAAAGUUGUCCUGUUUUAAUAAAAACAUCUACAUCAAGGACCGAAAAGCCUAAUAAGCAGUGUCUUUACUGCCCUAAAACUAGCUUCGUAAUACCUCCAGAACAAAGGAAACGAACUAAAUCUGUAUUACUAACAAGAGAUAGUUUUAGGAAAUUGAAACAUAUCAAUCAAUCCAAAAGUGUAACUACAAAACAAAAAGUAUUUAGAUAUUUCAAGACUGCUUUGAAAAAUAUCAAAAGUGUUGCGCGUGAAACGGAUACUAAAGCGUGGCAGAAUGAUGAUAUUUGCAAAGAUAUAUAUGUUAGCAAUUUAAGAACAAAACCAUGGUUUUGGGUUUAUAAGUUAUGUCCCUCUUUUUAUCCCUACUUUUUAGUGUUUAUCAGAUUUAACGAAAAUUGCGCUCAUUGCUUUUUAUUGAUGGUUUCGUCAUGUAUUUGGUUCCCCAUAAUAUGUUGUUGUUACCUUUACUGUUCAUUAAUUUCCGAAUGUAUAUAA